GGGGUCGGGGGGGGUGUCCACGGAGUGGGGGGGGGGCCGGGAUGGAGGCGCCGGAGCUGCGGGUGGGCUUCGUGGGCGCAGGGCGCAUGGCGGGGGGCAUGGCCAGGGGGCUGCUGAGGGCAGGGAAGGUGCCAGCCAGCAGCAUCCUGGCCAGCGCCCCCUCGGAUAGGAACCUGGACGCCUGGCGGGAUUUGGGCUGUAGGACCACGCACUGCAACCUGGAGGUGCUGCAGGAGAGCACCCUGGUCUUCCUGGCCACCAAACCCCAUAUCCUGCCGGGGGUCCUGCAGGAGAUCCGGCCGGCGGUGGGACCCCAGCACCUCAUCGUCUCCCUGGCGGCCGGCGUCAGCCUCCAGAAGCUGCAGAGGCUCCUCCCCGCCGGCACCAAGGUUCUGCGGCUCAUGCCCAACCUCCCGUGCGUGGUGCAAGCGGGGGCCAUGGUGUUCGCCCGGGGCGAGGGGGCCAGCGACGAGGACGCCGCCCUCCUCCAAAACCUCCUCAGUUCCUGCGGGCUCUGCGAGGAGGUGCCCGAAUCCUACAUCAACACCCACACCGGCCUCAGCGGCAGCGGGGUCGCCUACGUCUACCUCUUUGCCGAAGCCCUGGCCGAGGGGGCCGUGAAAAUGGGGAUGCCGGGGGGCUUGGCCAGUAGGAUCGCGGCCCAAACGCUGCUGGGGGCGGCGAAAAUGCUGCUGGAGAGCGGGGAGCACCCGGCCAAGCUGCGGGGGGACGUUUGCACGCCCGGGGGCACCACCAUCCAUGGCUUGCACCAGCUGGAGAAGGGCGCCCUGCGCGCCACCGUCAUGAACGCCGUGGAGGCUGCCACCCAACGAGCCCGCGACGUGGGAGAGGAUUAAAGGGGGACGGGCGCCUCCGUCCCCUCCCCUUUGGUGCCAGGGACCAGAGGUGCUGCUGCUUUUCGUCCUCCAGCCGGGGUGACCAAAACCCUACGGGGAGCACUCGAACCCUUGGGGGGAACCUGGAUGGAGACGGGAGGUGCGCACGUGGCUGCAGGGCCGGGACGCAAUAAAUUCGGGCGGCACGGAGGCAGGCUUGGCUUUU